GUGCCUCGUCUCUCACGGAGGAGAUCCCGACAGCCGGAGCUAAUUGAGCUAAAACCCCAAUACAGCCAUGGCAGAAAACGCCGGCUUGGAAAACCACCGCAUCAAGAGCUUUAAAAACAAAGGGCGCGAUGUCGAGACUAUGAGAAGACAUCGAAAUGAGGUGACUGUUGAGUUGAGAAAGAACAAACGAGAUGAACAUCUACUGAAGAAGAGAAAUGUCCCGCAGGAGCAGAGUCUGGAAGACUCUGACGUCGACUCGGACUUCAAAGGACAAAACGUGACGCUUGAUGCCAUCUUACAGAACGCGACCAGUGAUAACGCACUUGUCCAGCUCAGUGCCGUCCAGGCCGCCAGAAAACUGCUCUCGAGUGACAGAAACCCUCCCAUCGACGACUUGAUAAAGUCUGGGAUCCUGCCCAUCUUAGUCAAAUGCCUGGAAAGGGACGACAACCCCUCUCUCCAGUUUGAGGCCGCUUGGGCUCUGACCAACAUCGCCUCUGGGACAUCAGCGCAGACUCAGGCUGUGGUUAAAUCCAACGCAGUGCCCCUGUUCCUGCGACUGCUACACUCUCCCCACCAGAACGUAUGUGAACAGGCUGUUUGGGCUUUAGGAAAUAUUAUAGGUGAUGGGCCACAGUGCAGGGAUUAUGUCAUCAACCUGGGCGUGGUGAAGCCCCUGCUGUCCUUCAUCAACCCAUCCAUCCCUAUCACCUUCCUCCGCAACGUCACCUGGGUCAUUGUUAACCUCUGCCGCAACAAGGACCCACCGCCCCCGAUGGAAACUGUGCAAGAGAUUUUGCCCGCCCUCUGUGUGCUAAUAUACCACACCGACAUAAAUAUCCUCGUCGACACGGUGUGGGCUCUGUCCUAUCUGACGGACGGGGGCAACGAGCAGAUCCAAAUGGUCAUUGAUUCUGGAGUCGUUCCGUUUCUUGUGCCUCUCCUCAGCCACCAGGAGGUCAAAGUUCAGACGGCAGCUCUGAGGGCGGUGGGUAACAUCGUGACGGGGACAGACGAGCAGACACAGGUUGUGCUCAACUGUGACGUCCUGUCGCACUUCCCCAACCUGCUGACGCACCCCAAAGAAAAGAUUAACAAGGAAGCGGUCUGGUUCCUUUCCAACAUCACAGCUGGGAACCAGCAGCAGGUCCAGGCUGUGAUCGAUGCUGGACUGAUUCCCAUGAUUAUUCACCAACUGGCCAAGGGUGACUUUGGUACACAGAAGGAGGCGGCGUGGGCCAUCAGCAACCUCACCAUCAGUGGGAGGAAAGACCAGGUGGAGUUCCUGGUGGAGCAGAACGUAAUCCCUCCCUUCUGUAAACUGCUGUCGGUGAAAGACUCCCAGGUGGUGCAGGUUGUCCUGGACGGCCUGAAGAACAUCCUCAUCAUGGCGGGGGACGAAGCCAGCACCAUCGCAGAGAUCAUCGAGGAGUGUGGAGGUUUGGAGAAGAUUGAAAACCUGCAGCAGCACGAGAACGAGGAUAUCUACAAACUAGCCUUUGAGAUUAUCGAUCAGUACUUUUCAGGAGAAGAUAUUGAUGAAGAUCCCAGCUUGAUCCCUGACUCCACUCAAGAAGGGACCUUCAACUUUGACCCCGCUUCCAACAUGCAAACGAAGGAGUUUAAUUUCUAAAAAGCCAGGAUGUUUGCUUCGACCAGCUGCACGGGUACUCUGUCAUCACCCCAGACAUUCAUCCAUCUCUCCUCCAACCUGGUACCGAAGGAUUUACUUGGCAUCACUUCAACAUGGAAACUCACCACGGAAGGAUUUACCCACCUCUGCACUGCGGGGUGUUUUUUGUUGUUGUUUUUGUUUGUUAAUGGUCAUCCUUCACCGUACACCCUGCACGGGAGUCCAACGGGCACCAUCAGCAUCUGGCCACCGGCACCAGGAGGGCGGUUCUGCUCUCUGCCGGCGCGGCGUCUAAAUAUCACACAGAAAUAAAACCAGAAGGAAGGAAAAGGCCUUCGUGGCAGGAUUUAUUUGCCAAAUGUCAAGUCUUCACAAAGACUCACACACAAAGAGCAUUUUCCGACACAAACACACACACACACACACGUACACACUGUUUGACACUUAGAGUUUGUGUGCAUACUUCUGUUAGAAGCCAUCGUAUCACUUAUGGGGAAGAAAUACUGCUGUUUGUUUGUGGUUUACUUUUGUGCUUUCCCUCCCCUGGAUGGUCCUCUGGUGUUACUUCACCCAUGCGCACACGCACACUGGCGUACACACACACACACACACACACACACAAGUACACACGGUGACACACUUUGGUCCCACAGAUUCACGGCGGCUGGGCACCCCAACACCCCUCUCACCCCGUUUUAAAGAGUUGAUCCCUGAGCUUAGCCAUGAGUACCCCCGCUGCCCUCUCAGGAGAGUCCUGGGGCAGCUGGAGGAGGUGUGUGUGUGGGGUGGGGGGGGGGGGGGGGGGCAAAAGAGGACUCCGUGGACUCUGAUGUCACUUUUUAAAUUAUUAUUUUUAUGUGACAUCUACUGAAUUAUCAAAUUUACGGGUUUGUUUAAAAAACAAAAGAAAUCAUAACAAAUGUGAAGAAAACGCCAUAAUUAUUAUUUCUUUCAAAAGCUACGACUGUAAAACCUGCUCACGGCUUCUGGCUCGGCAGAGCGGCGACGAUUUAGUUUUUACGAAUGUGAACACCCGUCACGGGAGGAGGCGACUUUUUUUAAUUAAUUUUUUGAAGAGACUUCCGAGAAGAGGAACACGUCGGCCUCGGCGGGACAUCCACUGGUGCAGCGUCGGUCCUGUGAGCCGCUGAAGCGCUCGCUUGAGACUCCCCUGUAAUGUGAAAAUUAGGAGAGGGGGGGUAAAACAAAAAAAAACGUCACGCUAAAAUCGACCCAAAUGACCUAUCUGACCUUGAGCUUAUUUUAAUGAUUUGGAAUUCUCUCUCGCUCGACAGCUAUUUUGGGAUUCAUGUUUCAACUUUUUCCCUUCAGUGGAACUUGCAUAUGUCCAUUUUUAAUUUGGUACUUUUCUUCAGUCUUAUGCACACGUCUGAGAAGGCCUCGUGAUGUCUGCCUGCAGAAAGGGACCGUCGGCCCAUCGAAGACUAGACCUGUAUAACGAGGACGCGUCCCGAUUACAGUACUCGGCUACUUUUCGAUGAAGAGGUCACAUGUCAUCACUCAAUUUGAAUAAUUGUAUUAAAAAAAACUGAUGUGAAUCUCUCCUUGCCGUCUGAUGAAUAUAUGAAUAUAUUUACAUAAAGCCUGUACAAAGCUGCUGCAGCUGACAGUCAUUGGAUGGACGAUAACCGGACUGUCACGGAUGGCUGGGGAGGGUUGUUUUUGUUUUUGUUGUUGAAGCAAUAUUUCUUUUUGUUUCAAUGUUUUUACUUUUGACUUGCAUAUGUAUUGUGAUGACAUGCUGAUGAAUUGGAACAGGCUGUUUCUCUCUCUCUCUCUCUCCGUAGUGGUGACGGGCUGUUUCUGAGCUGCCGUCCCAGUUGGUUUCGGGUUCUCGGUGCCAAACUUUGAACCCUGACCCGGAAGACUUUAUGAUCCUCUGGUUGGCUGCUUACUACUGAGGGGGUCAGAACAGGGGGGGGGGGGUAACAUAUUGGGUGGGGUUGUUAUGAGCAGCCCAGGCUUGUUUUUGGGACUCGCUGUUUAUUACUGAACAAAACGAUAGAGGGUGUACAGUCAUGAACUAGCAGACUAGACCGAGCCACUUUAAAGAUUUACAAUUUCGUCGCCUUGUAUCUGAAUUGGAUACAAGCUUAUGUUUGUUGCAAGAUUUUUACUUGCUAAUGAAAAGUUGUUUUAAAUGAAAUAAUAGGAGAAAAGCAACAGACAGCGUUUUGGCCUCUGAUUGUUUAUAUCUUUUUAUAAAUUUUAGAUUGAAUUUCUCUCUUUAAGGUGGCUCAUUGAUGCGUUCAACUCUUGUGCAUAUUAAAGACAAGAUUGAGUUGAAAAUCAUCGUGCCUUUUUGUUUUUCAUUUCAACUAAAACUAGGUUUUAUUGAAUAGAAACAAUUCUUUGAGCAACUGGAGAAUUUUGAAGCGGGAGCGGCGGUAAUGUGGCCUCCCUGUCGUUUGGACUUUGCCAUGGGAACGCUCAAUGCUGCUCUCUCUGAGAGUGACUGCUCCCCUCCCGUUUAAAUUCACCCAACAUUGUAACAUACAUUUCCUCCCACUCAUUUACCCCGACGCCCCUGAACGCCACACAUCACCAUUGCCAUAUUUCAGUAAGAGGUUUUUGAUAUCAUCUCCUCGUCUCACCCUCAGGACAUGAUCUGUGUUUCUGAUCCUAACCAAAAUAAACUUGCUGUUGGAUCCUC